AACAAAAAGGCAGAUUGUCCUAAUGCCCACUUCAGACACACAUCCAAAAGUCUGAUAUUUCUGCCUAUAUUAUAUAGUGCAAAAAAGUCAGAUUCUUUUAAGGAGGCAUGUGGACACUGGCUAUUUUAUAGCAAAAAAUAGUUAUAAUACAGUUGCAAAGAUCUACUACUGAUCCAGAUCUUUCUUCUCUCCCUCUCCCAGCUUCAAACAAGUCAGCAGACAUCUCCAUCCAGGUGUAUAACGUAGGAUGGCGUUGGUCACCACUGCUGAAGUUUGCGAUGCAAACCCACAGCUUAUUGUGAGUGGUGAACUACGGGCACUGCAGCCAAUCUUCAAAAUAUAUGGCAGGCGCCAAGUGUUCUCUGGACCUGUUGUCACUCUGAAAGUAUUUGAAGACAAUGUUUUGGUUCGUGAGUUUCUCGAGGAGAAAGGUAACGGGAGAGUUCUUGUUGUCGACGGGGGUGGUAGUCUAAGAUGUGCAAUUUUGGGUGGCAACCCAGUAGUACAAGCUCAAAACAACGGAUGGGCUGGGAUCGUAGUAAAUGGCUGUGUAAGGGACGUGGACGAAAUCAAUGGCUGUGAUAUCGGAGUCAGAGCUCUGGCUUCACAUCCAAUGAAAGCCAAUAAGAAAGGUAUUGGAGAGAAGCACGUUCCAAUAACCAUCGCCGGGACUAGAAUCUGCGAUGGUGAGUGGCUUUAUGCAGAUACCGAUGGCAUUCUGAUUUCAAAAAUGGAGCUAUCUGUUUGAGAAUAUAUAUCCUCAUGCCCUAAGUAAGUGCAUAUCAGUUAUGAACUUCUUUUUUAUGGAGCUUAUGGUCUAACUACUACUACUUUAUAUGUUAUGGAAAUCGCGAGCUUCAUUAAUCUAUUGUAUGUUGUAAGUCAAACUCGUCGUGAACAAGAUUUUUUCUUAAUUCUACUCUAUUUUACCCUAAA